AAAAAAAAAAAGAGCAGGGAAGACGAAGAAGAAAAAGUUGGAAGCGAGAGAUGGAGCAAAGUAGCGGGAGACUCAUCAAUCCGGAACAGGCCAACAACGUCUUGGGGAGGCUUGUGGGGAGCAUCGUGGAGAAAGGAAUAUCGGAGAAUAAGCCGCCAAUCAAGCCGCUUCCCCCAAGACCCUCCCUUCUUUCCUUCCCCGUCGCUCGUCAUCGUUCUCACGGACCCCAUUGGGCUCCUGUCGGAAGCAGCAUUGCACAACCUAAAGAUAACGAUGAGGAAGAAGAAGAAGAAGAAGAAGAAGAACGUUUCAUGAAUGCAGACUCCGUUGCUGCUUUUGCUAAACCGCUUCAAAGAAAGGAGAAGAAAGACAUGGAUCUCCGGAGGUGGAAAGAUAUGCUCUCUAGGGAUGAUCCUGCAUCCACACAGGGCCCUCAGCAAUCAAGGAGAGUUAAGAUCAUUGAAACGAGGCCCCUCUCUGUUGCUUCAGCCGAUGCGCCCGCUACAUCCAGUAACACUUUACUGGCUCAAAAACCUGCCAGGGCAUCAUACCAGAGAGACAUUGUUUCUCCUCCCCUAGCUGUUUCUUCCUCCCCAUCCAAUGGACUUGGGACUAGACAGGCGUCUUCCUCUCUUGAGAGUGAUAUUGAUGUUGAGAACCAUGCAAGGUUGCAGACAAUGUCCCCCGAAGAGAUUGCUGAGGCACAGGCCGAGUUAUUGGACAAGAUGGAUCCUGCACUACUCUCCAUUUUGAAGAAACGAGGUGAGGCAAAAUUGAAGAAGCGAAAGCAUUCAGUACAGGGGGUUUCCAUUACCCAUGAGACAGCAAAGAAUUCAAGAACUGACGGUCAUUUUGUCACUCCUCAAGUGAUGCCAAUACCAGAAGAAAAAACUGUGCUGCACAAGUCAGCGAUAGCCCAAGGAUUUGUGUGGGAUACAUGGACUGAGAGGGUUGAGGCAGCCAGGGACUUGAGAUUUUCUUUUGACGGGAAUGUUGUUGAGGAUGAUGUUCUUGUCUCGCCAGCUGAAACUGGUGGAAAGUGGUCUGGCGUUGAAUCUGCUGCCGAACGUGACUUCUUGAGAACCGAGGGGGAUCCUGGGGCAGCAGGGUACACCAUCAAAGAAGCUAUUGCUCUUGCACGAAGUGUGAUUCCCGGGCAGAGAAGCCUUGCUUUGCAUCUGCUUGCAUCUGUACUCGACAAAGCUUUGAACAAAAUUUGUCAGAGCAGAAUAGGCUACACAAGGGAAGGAAAAGAUAAAGCCACUGAUUGGGAAGGCAUCUGGGCAUAUGCCCUUGGACCGGAACCUGAGCUUGUCUUAGCAUUGAGGAUGGCUCUUGAUGACAACCAUGCCUCUGUUGUUCUAGCAUGUGUAAAAGUGAUUCAGUGUCUACUGAGCUGUUCUCUUAACGAGAACUUCUUUGAUAUUUUGGAGAACAUGGGACCACACGGGAAGGAUAUCUUCACGGCCUCGGUGUUCAGGAGUAAGCCGGAAAUUGAUCUUGGCUUCCUCCGUGGUUGCUACUGGAAGUACAGUGCUAAACCCUCCAAUAUUGUUCCUUUCCGUGAAGAAAUCAUGGAUGACGGCACAGAAGAUACAGAUACUAUUCAGAAAGAUGUUUUUGUAGCCGGACAAGAUGUUGCUGCUGGUCUUGUCAGAAUGGAUAUCCUUCCAAGAAUUUAUCAUCUUCUGGAGACAGAACCAUCAGCAGCGCUUGAGGACAGCAUAAUCUCUAUUACUAUUGCGAUAGCAAGGCAUUCUCCAAAAUGCACAACUGCAAUCUUGAAGUAUCCCAAAUUUGUGCAAACAAUUGUGAAAAGCUUCAAAUUGAACAGAAGAAUGGACGUUCUUCCUUCUCAGAUCAAUUCUGUCCGCCUCUUAAAGGUUUUGGCCCGGUAUGAUCAAAGUACUUGCAUGGAAUUUGUGAAGAACGGGACUUUCAAUGCGGUCACGUGGCAUUUGUUUCAGUUCACCUCCUCUCUUGACUCAUGGGUGAAGCUAGGGAAGCAGAACUGCAAGCUUUCAUCUACUUUGAUGGUUGAACAGCUCCGGUUUUGGAAGGUCUGUAUCCAUAGUGGCUGUUGCGUAUCUCGCUUCCCAGAGCUAUUCCCAGCUCUGUGUCUGUGGUUGAGUUGUCCAUCAUUUGAAAAGCUCAGGGAGAAAAAUCUCAUCAACGAGUUUACUUCUGUGUCAAAGGAGGCCUACCUGGUCCUUGAGGCUUUUGCCGAGACACUUCCUAAUAUGUACUCACAAAACACUCCACGGAACGAAUCUGGGACAUGGGACUGGAGUUAUGUUAGCCCUAUGAUUGAUUCAGCACUGAGCUGGAUAACAUUGGCCCCUCAAUUACUCGAAUGGGAGAAAGGAAUCGAAAGUGUCUCUGUAUCCACUACUUCUCUGUUGUGGUUGUAUUCAGGUGUCAUGCGUACAAUUUCCAAAGUCCUUGAGAAAAUCUCUGCCGAGGGAGAGGAAGAACCUCUACCAUGGCUGCCGGAGUUUGUUCCAAAGAUUGGCCUUGCCAUUAUCAAGCACAAGCUUCUUAGUUUUUCUGUUGCAGACGUAAGUAGGCUUGGAAAAGACUCCUCCAGGUGUUCCUCUUUUAUGGAAUUUUUGUGUUUUCUGAGAGAACGAUCUCAAGAUGACGAACUAGCAUUAGCUUCUGUGAGUUGUCUUCAUGGGUUAACACAGACUAUCAUGUCCAUCCAAAAUCUGAUAGAAUCUGCUAGAUCGAAGAUGAAAACUUCUCAUGAUGAAAGUAUUUCCACUAGAGAUGAAUCUGUGCUUGCAAAAGGAAUACUGGCAGAGUCUCUGGCUGACCUAACAUCUGUGUCGAGCUCUUUUAGAGAUUCUGUUUCAUCAGAAUGGCCCAUCGUGCAAUCCAUUGAGCUACAUAAACGAGGCGGAUUAGCUCCCGGCGUUGGACUUGGUUGGGGAGCUAGCGGUGGUGGGUUUUGGUCAAACAGAGUUCUGUUGGCACAGGCCGAUGCCGGUCUUCUGAGUCUCUUUCUUAACAUCUCUCUGAUGGACUCGCAGGAUGAUCUGGGAUCUGUUGGCUUAAUGGAUAAAAUGAACUCCGCUUUAGCUAUGUGCUUGAUUGCAGGGCCAAGGGAUUAUUUACUCGUGGAAAGAGCCUUUGAAUAUGUCCUUAGACCGCAUGCUUUAGAGCACCUGGCCUGCUGUAUCAAGUCAAACAAAAAAAACAUAUCGUUUGAAUGGGAAUGCAGCGAAGGGGACUAUCAUCGUAUGAGCAGUAUACUUGCUUCUCACUUCAGACAUAGAUGGUUACAGCCAAAGGGAAAAUCAAAAGCCGAGAAAGGGGUCAGUGGGGUAAGGAAGGGCACAGUUGGUCUGGAGACUAUUCAUGAGGACGGUGAAAUGCCAAAUUGUUCAACUCAGUAUAAACAAUCAGACUCCUCGACCAUAGAGUGGGCUCACCAGAGAAUGCCCCUACCUCCACACUGGUUUCUCAGCGCCAUCUCAGCAGUUCACAGUGGGAAAACCUCAACAGGGCCACCAGAAUCCACGGAGUUGCUUGAAGUUGCAAAAGCUGGAGUUUUCUUUCUUGCAGGACUUGAGUCAUCGUCUGGUUUUGGAUCGCUUCCGUCUCCUGUUGUGAAUGUGCCGUUGGUUUGGAAGUUUCACGCUUUGUCUACCGUAUUGCUUGUUGGAAUGGACAUCAUCGAAGACAAGAACACUAGGAACUUGUACAAUUUUCUGCAGGAGCUCUAUGGGCAGUAUCUUGAUGAAGCGAGACUAAAUCACCGUGACAUUGAGCUCCUGAGGUUCAAGUCAGAGAUUCACGAGAACUACUCUACUUUUAUGGAGAUGGUCGUGGAGCAGUAUGCUGCGGUGUCAUAUGGUGAUGUAGUAUAUGGGCGGCAGGUCUCGAUUUACCUGCAUCAAUGUGUGGAACACCCUGUUCGGCUUUCGGCAUGGACGGUGCUCUCCAAUGCCCGUGUUCUCGAGCUUCUACCGAGUCUAGACAAGUGCUUGGGAGAAGCGGAUGGUUACCUUGAACCGGUUGAGGAAAAUGAGGCCGUCAUUGAGGCCUAUCUGAAGUCAUGGACUUGUGGAGCAUUGGACAGAGCAGCGACGCGUGGAUCAAUAGCCUACACGCUGGUUGUGCAUCACUUUUCAUCAUUAGUCUUGUGCAACCAAGCCAAGGAUAAAGUAUCCCUGCGGAAUAAGAUUGUUAAGACUCUUGUCAGAGAUUUAUCCAGAAAGAGGCAUCGUGAGGGGAUGAUGCUAGAUCUCCUGAGGUAUAGUAAAGGGUCGGAGAACGCCAUGGAAGAAGAGAAAAGAAUGGAGGUGUGGAAAGAGUGUUGCGAAGGGAACUCGACCCUCCUCUCGGAACUGGAGAAGCUCAAAUUGGCCGCACUCUGUGGAAGAAGGUGAAAACCUGAGAGAAUGAGAGGAAAGAAAGUUUUGUUUUCUUUGUGUGUUUUGAGUGAGGUUCGCUGUGUAAUUAAAAACGAUCUUCUUAUUCUCUUCUGUUUUGAUGGGUUUGAUUUUCCAAAUGCUGACUCAAGUUCAGUGACUGACAUUUGAAAGCGACGUGUCUGUCGUAGAAAUCAAUCAUAUAUUGGCACCAGACACACUUUUCACUA